GGGAAUGUAUAAAAGGCUUCAGGGAGACUCACUGGGCUGCAGAGAGAAGCACUCUGCAGCCGAGGAGGCAGGAGAUAGCACAGAGGAAAAAGGCAGAGGGAGGGGGCAGAGGACAGCCGCUCCUGGAGAACCUGGAGAAAGGGCAGGCAGAGGGAGACAGGCUGGGAGGAGGAGAAGAGAAAGGGGUGACCGGGGAAGCAGAGUGCACAGGAGACUGACUGAGGAGGCAAAGAAGAUGGGACUCCUCAGCGUAGACUUGCUGAUCACUCUUCAGAUUCUGCCAGUCUUUUUCUCCAACUGCCUCUUCCUGGCGCUCUAUGACUCGGUCAUUCUGCUCAAGCACGUGGCGCUGCUUCUCAGCCGCUCCAAGUCCACUCGCGGAGAGUGGAGGCGCAUGCUGACCUCAGAAGGACUGCGCUGUGUCUGGAACAGCUUUCUCCUAGACGCCUACAAACAGGUUAAAUUGGGUGAAGAUGCUCCCAAUUCCAGUGUGGUGCACGUGUCCAAUCCUGAAGCAGGUAACAAUUGUGCCUCAGAGAAGACCGCGGAUGGGGCUGAAUGCCACCUUCUUGACUUUGCCAGUGCAGAGCGCCCACUGGUGGUCAACUUUGGUUCAGCGACCUGACCACCUUUUACUAGGCAACUGCCAGCCUUCCGCCAGUUGGUGGAAGAGUUCUCCUCGGUGGCUGACUUCCUGUUGGUAUACAUUGAUGAGGCUCACCCUUCAGACGGCUGGGCAGUGCCUGGGGACUCCUCUAUGUCUUUUGAGGUUAAGAAGCACCGGAACCAAGAGGACCGAUGUGCUGCAGCCCACCAGCUCCUGGAGCGUUUCUCCUUGCCGCCCCAGUGUCAAGUUGUGGCUGACCGCAUGGACAAUAAUGCCAACGUAGCUUAUGGGGUAGCCUUUGAACGUGUGUGCAUCGUGCAGAGACGGAAAAUUGCUUACUUAGGAGGGAAGGGCCCCUUCAGUUAUAACCUGCAAGAAGUCCGAAGUUGGCUGGAGAAGAAUUUCAGCAAGAUGAAUUCUAGAUUAGCUGGAUAAAAGUGUGAUUGUAAUAGAGUUUAUUAUUUUAAAAGAAUGUGUAAAAGUUGAGAACUGAACUGAAUCUAUUAUUUCAACGGAAUCCCAUCGCCUCACUGAAAGACGGGUCAUACCUGUCAGAAGAUCUUGAACCUCUUUAACAUCUCAGUACUUCCUUUAGUACACAAACGGCAUCUGGCUAAACAGCAGCCCUGUUACCUACCUUCUGAGCGAACUGGUCCAAAAUGGAGGGCCAGAAACCCCGUUGCAGCCUUGUUUAUUCUCGCUUGUGAAAGAAGUGAUGCUGCCCUAUGUGUGCUCUGGGACCAGAGGACAAAAGUUCCCAGAAUACCUAUUCUUAAGGGAGCUACUACCUAUGAUCUGAUUAAGUGUAUUGUCUCAGCUUUAGUCACCAGAAGUAAACCCAACUGGAAAGUGCCCCCAAAUACAUACUUAUAAUGUGAUCUUGAAGCCAUGUCAUGCAGUUAGGACUGAAGUGUUAGUUCUAGCCAGGCAAUGUCCUGUGUUAGUCCUCUAGCCCCGAGUAUGCAUGUGAAUACCAAGAAUGGCCCCAACCUGGAGGGUUGAGAUGACCACAGAAAUAUGGCAGAUGGAGAGAGAAUUGACAAGCAAAGACAGAGGAAGCAGAACGAUGAGGAAAUUGCAUAGUGCUUUAUCUGGAAGCUGUAGGUAAUGAGAGCUGUACGACUGCAUCAGCAUUGAAGCAUGCACACAGCGCGGGGGAACAAAGGUGUUAACUAAAAACAGCGCAGGGGGAUGCACAUGAGAAGUAGAUGGGUAGCAAUACUCCCAGACUGAAAGGAAGUGGGCGAUGGAAAAGAUAAAAACAGGCGGACACUUUGAAUGUGGAGAGAAGUACGUUGUGGGACUAAUUGUGAUAUACCUAUUUCUGUGGGUAACACCCAUUGAGAGAAAAUCCGGGGCGUCUUGUGCUGCUGGGUUUUUCCUGCUGAAUUCCUAGGUACAAU